AUGAUGUGGGAACUCCGCUCCGUGGCCUUCACUCGUGCCGUCUUUGCCGAAUUCCUGGCCACGCUGAUCUUCAUCUUCUUUGGCCUGGGUUCGGCUCUCAGCUGGCCUGCUUCCUCACCAAAUGUCCUCCAGAUCUCGCUGGCGUUUGGCUUGGCCAUCGCCACCUUGGUUCAGGCAGUGGGCCACAUCAGUGGAGCCCAUAUUAACCCUGCCGUGACUGUGGCAUGCCUGGUGGGCUCCCAAGUCUCCCUCCUUAGGGCCUUCUUCUACGUGGUGGCGCAGAUCCUGGGAGCUGUGACGGGGGCUGCCCUCCUGCAUCAAGUCACACCGCCUCAUAUCCGGGGCAGCAUGGCCAUGAACAGGGUGCACAAUAACACAACGUCAGGGCAGGCGGUCACUGUGGAGCUAUUCCUCACCUUCCAGUUGGUCCUGUGCAUUUUGGCCUCCACUGAUGACCGCAGGAGCGACAAUGUGGGCUCCCCAGCCUUGUCCAUUGGUUUCUCUGUUGCCUUGGGUCACCUUCUUGGGAUCUACUACACUGGCUGCUCCAUGAAUCCUGCUAGAUCGUUCGGUCCUGCUGUGAUUGUGGGUGACUUUGAGAGCCACUGGGUCUUCUGGCUGGGCCCGAUGGCUGGAGCAGUAGUGGCUUCCUUGCUCUACAACUAUGCUCUCUUCCCCCACACAAAGACCCUCUCGGAGAGGCUAGCCAUCUUCAAAGGCUAUGAACCAGAGGAGGACUGGGAGGAGCGUGAAGUCCGCAGGAGGCAAUCGAUGGAGCUUCACUCCCCACAGACCCUGCCUCGAGGGGUGAUGGAGAAAGCCUAG